ACAAUGAAGACCACUUGCUACGCAUCCUUCGCCGUGGCGCUGGCCUCAGUCGCCUCGGCGCACAUGGAGAUGUCCUACCCCCCGCCGCUCAAGAGCAAAUUCAACCCCAGCAGCGGCAGCAACGUCGACUACAGCAUGACGUCGCCGCUGCACGCUGAUGGAAGCGACUACCCGUGCAAGGGCUACCUGAGCCUGCUCGGCACGCCCACCGGAGCGCCAGUGGCGUCGUGGACGGCUGGCGAGAGCCACAACAUGACCAUCGUCGGCGGCGCUGUGCACGGCGGCGGCUCGUGCCAGGCGUCCGUGUCGGUCGACGGUGGCAAGACGUUUCGUGUGGUCCACUCGUACGUUGGCGGCUGCCCCAGCGGCGCCUCGUCGUCCUUCGCCUUCCAGCUGCCUGCGGACGUGCCUGCUUCCAAGGCUGGGAUUUUUGCUUGGACCUGGAACAACAACCUAGGUAACCGCGAGAUGUACAUGAACUGCGCUAUCGUUGACAUUGCUGGUGGCUCUGGUGGCUCCAGCGGCGUCGCCUUCGACAGCCGCCCCGCUGUCUUCGUCGCUGACGUCGGCAACGGUUGCACGACACUCGACUCGGCAAACGUCCUGUACCCGGACCCCGGCCCGGACGUCACCGGCGACACCAGCACCGCCAAGCCGCCCAUCGGGGCCUCCUGCGGCACUGUUGUGGCUGCUCCC